CACUGACGCGUUUCAGACUUCCUCCUCUGCGUGUUUUCAUAAACAAACCACAUUUUCGUCCCGCCGGGGCCGCCGCACACAACCCUGUCAGCCUGCCAGCAUUGUCAGAUUCCUGCUCCCGUUUCAACGAAGUGCCGCGGAGGAACUUUGAGAGCUGGUUUUACGUUAGAAAAAAGACAGAAACGCGGGUAAAGACUGAGUCCACUGCACAAACCGGAGGCUGUCUGUGUUCGUCUUUAUUGUCCGAGCCGUCAGCGCGGCGUGGUCGACUGCUGCACCGAGCCUAAAACUGACCACAUACCUGCUUUCAUCGGAUGCUUAGUAGACCGUCUGUGAAGAGCCACGGUUAUUAUCAGACAUGGUGAAGCUGACAAAAGCCAAGACAUUCCAGGCUUACCUGGACUCCUGCCACCGUCGUUACAGCUGUGUGCAUUGCCGCGCCCAUCUGGCCAACCAUGACGAUCUUAUCUCCAAGUCUUUCCAAGGCAGUCAGGGACGAGCUUACCUCUUCAACUCCGUGGUGAACGUUGGCUGUGGUCCUGCGGAGGAGAGGCUGCUGCUCACAGGACUUCACGCAGUUGCCGACAUCUACUGUGAAAACUGCCACACCACACUGGGCUGGAAAUAUGAACAGGCCUUUGAACUGAGUCAGAAGUACAAGGAAGGGAAGUACAUCAUCGAGCUGUCCCACAUGAUAAAGGACAACGGCUGGGACUGAGAGGGGAAAAUCUCCAUCUUUCAUCAUGACUUUUUCAAAGUUGCAUCCCCUUCGACUUUACAAGGGUUCCAAGUGUAGCUUCCUCAUCCCGCGUACGAGCCAUCGCUGUGCCACACUUUCACUUCGUACGGCUUUGCCAAGAAUAGCAUGUGAUGCCUUAUCUUUUUCUGUUCUUCAUGUGUCUCCGGCAGCCACGACAACACAUUUGCUGAUACUGCUAUCCCAAUUGCUAGUUGUGCUGGGACAUGGAGUGAAUGAGUGCAGGGUUUGUGUGUGAAAGACUGGGAGAUGUAGUCACAAAGGCACGUGUGGGUGCACGUCGGAUUUUUAAGCGUGUGUUUGAGUGAUAUCAGCGACCACUUAAAACAGUCUCGCUCUGUGGCGGUGAGGCCGGUGCAAGUCAAAUAAUAUGACAUUCUUCAACAAGUAUUUGGGUUUUCCUUUAGAGUUUAAGGUGCACACUUAGACGUAUCUGGCCCAAACUGAGUAAAGUAGUUUACCCCAUAGAUUAUUUCCAGUGAUCCAAGGGUAUGGGAACGCUUAGAGCAGUGGGAGGGCUUGUUCUUUUUAAUUAUCUAUCAAUGAAAUUGAUGUUUUUAUUGUCAGAUCUGUAACACUUGUUCAUAUUUUGCCAAAAGCAAUCAGGGUGUUGAAUUAGUAAUGUUAAAGCCCCCGAAAGUAUCCUGCAAGAAUUCAUACAGCUGGACUAUGAGUGUGUUCUGCUUGUAGGUAUACAUUUUAGUGUGAGAGAGGGUGUGCGUGCGUGUGUGUGGGUGUGCGUGCGUGUGUGUGUGUGUGUGUGUGAGAGAGAGAGAGGUGUCGUAAGCUGGACGGUGUUUAGUCUGGGGUUCACAUCUAGAGUUUCCACUGCACAGUUUUACUUCAUGCUGAUGGGAUCUAUCCUCCAUGUGUUUGUGUAUAACCUAACACUGAGCUGCCCUUACAGAUACAUUUACUCAGUUGUGAUUAGGAUUAUGUAGCAUAUUUAUGGUGAUUUUUAAUGUCUGCUUCUUUCAUUAAAGUGUAUAAUUUUAACCUGAUCUUUCAUUAAAAUACAGUGUGUCUGUAA